AUGGAGAAGAACGUUGCCUCACAGUAUGAUUCCUGUGGUCUCGCAAUCGACGGUGAUGAUGAUGAAUCCACUCUUGUAUACAAACAAGUCGGACCAGUCUCUACCAAGGAACUCAAACAGCGAAUCAUGAACUUGAAAGAAUUGGAUUUGACUGUUCCGUUUAUCUCGCAUGUGGCUAUAUCGCAUAAGCGGUGGGCUACACAUGGAAAGCCGGGAAUUGUCAACACUCACCCUUUGCGAAGUGAUGCGAGGAGUGAGUUUGUUAUUGCCCAUAAUGGUAUCAUAACAAACCACCGAGAACUCAAAGAGUCACUUUCUCGUCGCGGUAUAUCAUUCGACGGAGACACAGACUCGGAAGUCAUUGCCAAACUAUGUAAAUACGUAUACGAUGCUCACACCCGUACCUCCCAACAAAACCAACUUCAACAAGCCCCAACAUUGCCUGAUAUCAUGAAGGCAGUACUACGACAAAUUGAAGGAUCGUUUGCUUUGGUCGUGAAAUCUAAGAAGUUUCCACAUGAAAUGAUUGCUGCGAGACGAGGUUCUCCGCUGAUGAUUGGCGUAAAAUCGUCCAAAUCAAUGAGGGUUGAUUUUGUGGAGAGUAGUGAGUUGGGUGAUGUUGCUGAUGAUGAAGAAGGUGAAGGAUCAGACGAUGAUGGAUUCCUACCACCUGAAACACCACCUAGAUUACGUCGAACAGUAUCACGAUCGUUCCUUUCACAAGAUGAUUUACCACAAGCUGCUGAAUAUUUUAUCAGUUCUGACGGAUCUGCUAUUGUGGAACAUACGAGACAAGUGUUGACGCUUGAAGAUGAUGAUAUUGCGCAUUUCACUGAAGGAGAACUACACAUCCACAGACUCAGACGAGACCAAGAAGAUGCACCUAUAAUCCGCCAAAUCCAAACUCUAGAACUCGAACUUGCCCAAAUCCAAAAGGGAUCCUUUGAACACUACUUUCAGAAAGAAAUCCAUGAACAGGUUGAAGCCGUUACGAAUGUUAUGAGAGGACGUGUUGAUACACGAUCUGGACGACUUGUACUUGGAGGAUUGAUCAAACAUAUGGCGAAUAUUACGAGGAGUAGGAGGAUUGUGAUGUGUGGGAGUGGGAGUAGUUAUCAUGCUUGUCUUGCGACGAAAUCACUCUUUUCGGAACUACUCGAUAUUCCAUGCAGUGUUGAUCUACCAUCCACACUCAUUGACGAAAACUUGCCUAUAUUUCGAGACGAUGUAGUGAUUCUUGUUUCGCACAGUGGUGAAACUAGAACCACUAUUGAUGCACUCGCAUAUUGCAAAGAACGUGGAGCGCUUUGUCUUGGUGUUACGAAUACUGUCGGAUCUACUAUAUCUCGAGAUACACAUUGUGGUCUUCAUGUUCAUUCUGGGCCAGAUGUAUCAGUAGCAUCAAACAAGGCCUUCACAUCUGAAAUAGUCGGACUCAUUCUUAUUGCAGUCUUCCUCUCUGAAGACCGUGGACAAUUCCGGGCACGACGUACUGAAAUCAUUCAAGCAUUGGACACAUUGCCUAGUAAGAUGCAACAGGUGCUAGCAUUGGAGGGGCAAAUCAAGAGUAUCGCGCAGAGGUUGGUGGGUGAUGGGAUUGAGCAUUUGUUGAUGGUUGGACGAGGACAGAUAGCUACUUGUAUGGAAGGAGCUUGGACGGCUAAGAGAGCUGCACGAGUUCAUGCUGAAGCUAUCCCGGCAGCAGAGCUACGUUAUGGACCAAUUGCACUUUUGGGAGCUGGUUCCGAUAAGAGUGCAGUGAUUGUCGUGAUGACGCGUGAUCGGGUUUACAGUUCACUAGAAACAGUAUACCGCCACAUAACAUCCCGCCUCAAACAAGCAGCAGCCUCAUCCUCCCACAUCCCAACUUCACCACACUCGGUAACAUCCAUCGAAUCAGACAGUCUCCCACCAUCAUCAUCACACCGCCCUAUCGUCCUAGUCAACGAAGACGACGACAACACCCUCCUUAACGACUCUCUCCAAAUCCGAAUCCCAUCUACAUGUGACGCCCUACAAUCCAUACUUGAUGUUAUACCAUUACAACUACUUUCAUACCAUAUGUGUGUUGCCAAGGGCUUGAAUCCUGACCCACCGGAAUUGGGUGUUGUUAGUGUGGGGCAGAGUCCGAAUAUGAGUAGUGUUGUUGGUGGAAUGGUUGGUGGUGAACAGGCAGAAGGGAAGGUUGUGCCGAGAGGGGGUAUUGCGGUUGGGAAACCACCGCUGGGGCCUGGGAGGAAUAGAGCGAGUGUACAUUUUCAAGACGAUGAUGAUGGGAAUUGA